GCCUAGGGUGUUCGGGGGACGGUUCCGGGACUGUAAAGAAUGUCGUGGCCCAGCUGGCCGGUCUGGAUUCUCCUCCACUUAGAUCCUCCGCUGCGUGGUGUCACAAGUCCUUACUAUGGGGGACCUGUAAGGCCUAUGGUGCAGGUAUCAGGAUUACCUUUGUCCCCAAGGCUAAUUGCAGAACUCCACAUGUUGAACUAUGGGCUUCCACAGAGAAUGAGACUCUCAUCCUUGUGCCAUCAGUGAGCCAUUCUUCCCUGCUUUCACCCACCUUUCACUGACCUCAUGUCUACCAUACUCCUGAAUCUGGACUUUGGGGAACCUUCGAAAAAGGCAUUUGGAGGAAAUGCCAAACAUCAACGUUUUGUCAAGAAGCGACGGUUCUUAGAACAGAAAGGAUUUCUGAAUAAAAAGAACCAACCCCCUAGCAAGGUGUCUAAGUUGAACUCAGAACCUCCAAAGAAAGGGGAAACUUCAAGAGUAGAUGGCGUUUUGAAGAUGCUUCCACGCCCAAAGAAGAAGAAAGAAGCAACUGCUUCCAAGAGGGACUCAGAGCAGUCCAAAGACAAGAAAAAGAAAGCACCAUUGUCUUGGCUGACCCCUGCUCCUUCAAAGAAGACUGAUUCUGUUGUGGCUAAAAUAGAUUUGCUAGGAGAGUUUCAGAGUGCUCUUCCAAAGACUAAGAGCCACCCACCUCACACCCAGAAGAAGGGCUCCAAGAAGAAGCCCUUGAAAAAGAAAAUUGCAACAGAGAACUCCACCCAAGCUCAGUCAAAGGAUAAAGGCUCCAAGAAGAAGCCCUUGAAGAAAAAUGCUGUACAGAACUCCACCCAAGCCCAUUCCGAGGAUAAGUGCUCUAAAGUCUCCCAAAACUUGCCAGGGAAGAUGGUGGCAAUAGACUGUGAAAUGGUGGGCACAGGCCCCAAGGGACGUGUUAGUUCCUUGGCUCGCUGCAGCAUUGUGAAUUACAAUGGAGAUGUGCUUUAUGAUGAGUACAUCCUCCCCCCCUGCUAUAUUGUGAACUACCGGACCAGAUGGAGUGGCAUCCGGAAGUGCCACAUGGUUAAUGCUACACCCUUUAAGACUGCUCGGAGUCAGAUCUUGAAGAUACUCUCGGGGAAGGUAGUGGUAGGGCAUGCCAUUCACAAUGACUACAAAGCCCUACAGUACUUUCAUCCCAAGUCCCUUACCCGAGACACUUCCCAGAUACCACUCCUCAACCGGAAGGCUGACUGCCCAGAAAAUGUCACUUUGUCACUGAAGCAUCUCACCAAGAAGCUGCUGAAUCAGGACAUCCAGGUUGGAAAAAGUGGACAUUCCUCGGUGGAAGAUGCCCAGGCUACAAUGGAGCUGUACAAGUUGGUUGAAGUUGAAUGGGAACAGCACCUGGCCCAGAAUCCUCCAAAAAAUUAGCAAUCCCAGGGAGACACAUGCAGUAGAACAAUUCACAGUUCUGCCAGCUUCUCACCUGCAGAAGCUAGAAUCACUGGGGAGAGGGGCUUGACCAGAGACUUAAUACCCAUUGAAAUUUCAUCUCAGCUAUUGUGGUCACUGUGUGGUUAAGUGUCUCAUGGAAGAGGAGAGCCUUCAUGUUAAAGCCUAUCCUGGUCAGGCAGGUGGCCCAGACCUGUACUCCCAGAUACUUGGGAGGCUGAAACCGGUUAUAGACUAAGGUCUGCCUGGCUUACAGAAUUAUUUCUAGGCCAGUGAGACCCUGUCCUAUCGUAAAGAGAGGGCCAGGAAUAAAACCCAGUGCUAGAGCAUUUCCCUAGCAUGCAUACACCACUAGGUAUAGGCUCUAGUAGUGGGGUGGGGGAGGGUAGGAGGAUGGAACACAACGUGAUGAACUGUAAUUGUUUAUUUCUUUAGAGUGCUAACCACAGUCACAGGGUGCUUGUGCCAGUCAGCCUUGACUUGGAGGGAGCCAGGCACACCAGGGAAAACAGUUUCCCACACUAUCUUAUCUAUGGGACACACAUCAAGAUGUGUCUCCUUUUGGUGGGGAGUGGGAUAAUAGCUGUGUUGCCAAGGCUCGCCUUAGACACUUGGGCUCAAAUGACUUCUUCCUCAGCCCCAUGAGUAGCUGGGACUACAGGUGUGUGCUCACCACUGUGCCUGGUUCUUCUAAUUUUAUGGGUUUUUUUGUUCUAAAGUAAUUAACAGUAUCUUUUCACUUUCAGAUGAAUCCUGAUUGGAGCUAGGCAUGAUAGUCUGUAAUCUCAGGAUUCUGGAGGCCAAGGCAGGAAGAUCAAAAGUUUAUGACCAGUCUGAGUACAUAGAAAAGCGCUGGCUCUUAGAAGUAGGAAAAGAGAAGGAAAAGAUAGUGUGGUUGUUUGCUGGAUUUUAUAGCCACAUUACAUAGUACUGAAUAACACAGUUUACUUAAUUUAGGUUCCACUUAGUUUAAAAAGAAUGUAUGUAGUUUUAUUAGUCUUGCGAAUGUGGCCUCUUAAUUCAUAUGAUUCUUUUUAUGAAUUUUUUUAAUAGAGAACUGGUGGGGUUUUUUUUGUUUUUACAUAUAAAGAUGUAUUUUUAUUUUA